GCCACUUAGAACUUGAUUAAAGCCUGGUUGAGGGGAGUCAUUAGCUCAGUGGGGGCUGAGAGGCGGGGGAGGAAGCCGGAGCCAGCAAGGAGGAGCCUCUGAGCCUUGGGGGUGCAGGGAGAGAGAUUGGGGGCCAGCCCCAGGCAGGCGAAACCAGUGUCAGCUGGGCAGGGCCGCGGCUGGGGUCUGUGGGUUGGACUGGACAGGGGCCCUGUGGGUUGAGCAGGUGGACCUAAUUGUGCAGGGACGACCCAUCUGGGGUGAGCGGUCCUGGUCUGACGGCGGGCAAGUGGCUGCUGGCGACCUGGCCCGUCUGGGUGUUGAUCUGGCCUGGGGUCUGACGUGGAUGGCUCUUGGUUGCUGGCGGGACAGCGUGUAUCUGCUCUGGCCACUUCCGGCCACUUGGCCUGGGCCUCAGCACUCAGUGUAGCCUUUUCCAGGCCAAGCCCCCAUCCCCCUACCUAGGACUUUCCCGGCUCCAGAGGUCACCGCGGCAGGCGGCAGGGAGGCUGCCAAAGCAAACGAGCCCCCGUGACUUGUAGGAAAGCAGCUGGGGGAGGGGGCUGGCGGGAGGAGCAGGACCCUGCGGCAGAGGCCAGAGGCCGCCCUGGGCCGGGGACAGGGAAGGGGUAGAGGCGACAGGUGUUGGUGAGGCCGCCUGGCCUAGCAGGCCCCACGCCACCGCAGCCACCACCUCUGCCUCCCGGGCCGCCCGCUGCGGGGCCACCAUGCCGCUGCCCCGGCCUGGAGACUGACCCUCAACCGCACCAUCUCGAGGCUCUUCCCCCACCUGCUGGACCCCAGGGUCCCACCCCGGCCCAGGAGGUCAGCCGGGGAAUCAUUAACAAGAGGCUGUGACAUGGCCGAGAAGGAGGGUGGCCGGACUGUGCCAUGCUGCUCCGGACCCAAGGUGGCAGCUCUCAUUGUGGGGACCCUCCUCCUCCUGACGGGCAUCGGGGCAGCGUCCUGGGCCAUCGUGACUCUUCUACUCAGGAGUGACCAGGAGCCGCUGUAUCCAGUGCAGGCCAGCCCUGUGGACGCCCGGCUCACGGUGUUUGACCAGACGGAGGGGACCUGGCGGCUGCUGUGCUCCUCGCGUUCCAACGCCAGGGUGGCGGGGCUCGGCUGCGAGGAGAUGGGCUUCCUCAGGGCCCUGGCCCACUCGGAGCUGGACGUGCGGACGGCAGGCGCCAACGGCACGUCGGGCUUCUUCUGCGUGGACGAGGGCAGGCUGCCCCACGCCCAGAGGCUGCUGGACGUCAUCUCCGUGUGCGACUGUCCCCGGGGCCGGUUUUUGGCUACCGUGUGCCAAGACUGUGGCCGCAGGAAGCUGCCCGUGGACCGCAUCGUGGGGGGCCAGGACACCAGCCUGGGCAGGUGGCCCUGGCAAGUCAGCCUGCGCUAUGACGGCGCACACCUCUGCGGGGGGUCCCUGCUCUCCGGGGACUGGGUGUUGACAGCUGCCCACUGCUUCCCAGAGCGGAACCGGGUCCUGUCCCGAUGGCGGGUGUUUGCCGGUGCAGUGGCCCAGGCCUCGCCCCAGGGCAUGCAGCUGGGGGUGCAGGCCGUGGUCUACCACGGGGGCUACCUUCCUUUCCGAGACCCCAGCAGUGAGGAGAACAGCAAUGAUAUCGCCCUGGUCCACCUGUCCAGCCCCCUGCCCCUCACAGAAUACAUCCAGCCCGUGUGUCUCCCGGCCGCGGACCAGGCCCUGGUGGACGGCAAGAUCUGCACCGUGACGGGCUGGGGCAACACGCAGUACUAUGGCCAGCAGGCCCGGGUGCUCCAGGAGGCCCGAGUGCCCAUCAUGAGCACGGACGUCUGCAACGGCCCUGACUUCUACGGGAACCAGAUCAAGCCCAAGAUGUUCUGUGCCGGCUACCCCGAGGGUGGCAUCGACGCCUGCCAGGGUGACAGUGGCGGUCCCUUUGUGUGUGAGGACAGCAUCUCUCGGACGCCACGUUGGCGGCUCUGUGGCAUCGUGAGCUGGGGCACUGGCUGUGCCCUGGCCCAGAAGCCGGGUGUCUACACCAAAGUCAGUGACUUCCGGGAGUGGAUCUUCCAGGCCAUAAAGACUCACUCCGAAGCCAGCGGCAUGGUGACCCAGCUCUGACCUGUGGCGGCUCCUCGCAGCACACCUGUCCGGGGCCCGAGGUUGAGUAGCUUCAGCUCCACACGACAGGAUCCACGCUGAGCCCAGGAGGGGAUGCUCUUCCUCUGGGACCAGUCCACAGGCCCAGGGACGCCCUCCUCCAAGGUCCUGUCUUCCACAGUGGGGGGCCCACUCUGCCUCACCCUUCCGACCCUUGUAAAUAUUGUUCUGCCCUCUGGGGGCUCCUGUCUGGAGGCCCCUGAGGACAGGAUGCUGUUUAAAUAAUAAAGAUGGUUUUGAUUAA